AUGACGGAUGACAUGGGCGACAAUAUGGAUACUUUCUCAUCUAACUCCAGCCAGCAGAUCUACCCCACAAGUGAACAACAACCAGUCCCCUCAGCCACAGCUUCCCACUCACUUUUGCACAUGUAUCCUCUUCUCGGUUCCCCAACUCUCAGCCACUUUCUCCCAAAACUCUUCGAUCCGCUUUUGCUUGGCACUUGUCUUACCUCAUUUCCUGAAACCACGCAUACUACUGAAUUCGGCGAAAGUGGAAAAUCACCCUCAGAUGCACUGACUGAGUUCGCCCAGUGUCUUUCGCAGCUCUAUAUUUUAUCGGAGAAAUCGCGCUUGGAAAGCACUGAGUCAAAUGCGCCGGAGCAUAGCGACACCCUAUCAAUAUCAUAUAAAGAUGAUUCACAAAAGUUCCAUGGUUCGACAGUAUCAAAUCAAAAUCAGGAUUCGAAGUGUCAAACUCAGUUUGGCUGUGCGGAAAGCAGGCAGCACCCAACAAGUGAUGAGUAUCCGCAAGUUAAUAGAAUCCGAAAGGCCUCAACGUCACAUUUGACUAUUGAAGCUGCGAUAACGGGAAUGAAGACACCCAUUAGCCCAUCUCAUGCGCCGAAGGUUUCAACGGAAAACAAAGCCCAUGGUCACUGGUCAAGCAUACCGGACCAAAACCCUGGGAAAGAGACGCAGCUGGCUAGCGGAACGAAGGCAGCUCAAGGCUUAGAAAGAUCUCCUCGACUCUGGACUAGUCUUGGCGUUCCACAACCAGCUACUCCUACACGCUACACAGCACCCGUGCACGUGGACGUGGGAGGAACAUUGUACACUUCUUCGCUAGAAACUCUCACAAAAUAUCCUCACUCGCGUUUGGGUCGCAUGUUCAAUGGUUCUAUUCCAAUAGUAUUGGAUACGAUGAAACAGCACUAUUUUAUUGAUCGCGAUGGAGCAUUAUUUCGUCAUGUUCUGAACUUCCUGAGGACCGGCCUACUUAACCUCGACGAUGGAUUCGUGGAGUUUGACCAGUUGGUUGAAGAGGCUAAGCAUUACGAACUACAAGAAAUGUUGGUUGCCCUACAGAAAAUUUCAGAAAGACGGACUGUCAGCCAGAAUCGGAAGCGGACAAUGCUUCUUGAGGCGAAUGUAAAAAAUAAUGGUCCCCUUGAGAAGCGGCGACAAGUUUUGGAAGAUAGAAGACUAAGUAAAGAAUACGUCGAUCGGUCCACUCCGCAGUGCUCUUUAAAGAACGGGCUAGUUUUUGGCACUCUCCAGAAGAAUUUAGUCGAUUCCAAUGGGUUGAAAAAACCUGGUGGAUGUCUUUGGUUAGAGACGGACCAAUGUCCUCCAUUCAGUGGUUUCCUUCAGCUUUCAAAUUUGGAGGACCCUCAAAAUGCUUUGAGAAUUCUUAGACAGCUGCAGCAGUUUAUCUCAAAUUCAUGUCAGUGCAGAGAAGGCAACUCAGACAAGCAUAUAGACUCCGAAAAUGAAAACUGCAUCCGAUGGCAUUACCUGCGACGUCAGCAGUUACUUCAGCUUUGGAAUAUGUUACUCUCCAAAGGUUACCGAACUGUGGCCACACAUGUGUUGGAAAGAGAAGGAAAGAAGCUCUUUGCCUAUCUGUUGGCACGAUCAACUGAAGAGUCUGACAGACCGGAAUCCAUUUGA